AUGGCCUCGUCGGCCAACGCACUCUACGUCCUCCGCCUCGUGAUAAACGGCGGCGAGGGGACACUGCGCACGGCCACGGCACUCAGGCGCUUCUCCACCGCCGCGCUGUCAGCGAGGGACCAUGCGCCAACGCUCAGCCAGAGCAGGGCAUACGCCGCCGCGCCGUCGUCCUCGCUCGCUGCCACGCCCGACUUUCUCGAGCCCGACAACGAAGAGUAUGUCGGCGCCGAGGCAUUCUUGCCCACGCGGCAAGGACACCCGCACGCGCCUAUCCCGUGGCCGACACUCUUCUCGCACGAGACGGGCGCCAAGCCUGCCCCGGCCCGCCCGUGCGACCUCCUUGCUCGCCUCGUCGCCGAGAACAAGCUUGGCCCGGCGCGUAAAGUCCAUGACGAGCUGCGUGCGCUCCACACAGAUAUCCUUCAUCGCGAAAUCUAUCUCUCUGCGGCCGUGUCCUCGCUCGCCUCGACGCCAGAAGGCCGCGCCAACUUUCUCUUUUGGAUGGGCUUGAUCCCCAACCGCCCCGCGACGCCUGCGACCCCGGUCCUCAAGAACACCUGGCACCCAAUCGUGUACCGACUGAUUGGAGAGCACUCGGAGGACCUCCAGUUCAUCUCCAACUUCCUCACGCUGGCCGGCAAGAAGGGUCUCCUGCCUGCUGUGCUUCCGUCGCUCAUCACUCCCCUGGUCGCCAUUUGCCCUCCCCAUGUGAGCGAGAGGAUUUUGGAGAGCGCGAUCGCUGCCUAUCUCUCUGUGACGGUACCAAAGACAUCAACUUCGGCAAGAGCGGACAGGAACCGAACGAGAGCAACGGACCAGGUGACUGGUUUCUGGAACCGAUACCUCCGAGCUCUCGCCAUUGCCGGCUGGGACGAAAGCGCAAGGGCGCUCCUCUUCUCGCCGCCCAAGGGCAUCAGCUGGUCGCGCUUCUCUCGAUCGGUGGUUCUGGGCCAGGGACUUGAGCGCCGCGACACGGCGGCCGCUGCACGCGCCGAAGCCGAGGAGGAAAAUCCGUUUGGCAUCCUCAACAGGAACAAUGUCCCAGCCCUCGCUAUCGGGCUGCGCCAGGCGCUCAACUCGGACCAGCUGCCCCAUGUUUCUCGUCUUGCCGAUCUCCAGCGCCAGCUCCUGGCCCUCCCAAAACGCACCUCGCUCAUUCGCCGCUUCCGAAACCGCUUCACCCGCCCGCCCUCGACACCUGCCGGGCGCUCAACGCCCACCAUGCGCGAGGUGUGGUGGUGGCACGCCGAGAUCGUGCGUCUUGCGCAGGAUGGCCGGCCUGAGGAUGCCAUCAGGGUCUUCAGAGAGCACUUCCUCUGGGUUGGCCUCCCGCCCACCAACGUCGCCAAGUCCGAUGAGCCGAGUUACGGCUUCACACGCCUCGUCCCCUCUGCUCGUAUCAAUACAUCGGUGCUCCGCUCUAUCCUGGCGCUUCUCCCAAUCGACGAGCUGUCGGAAUACCAGCAGCAGUACCUCCGCCUGGCUCGCAGCACGGCGCCGUCGCUUCAGCCAAACGAGUACACGCACCUCGCGUUCAUCCGCGAGAUGACGUACCGCCAGGGACCUGUUGCGGGCACCACUGCACUCCACGCCAUUGUCGAAGCCGGGCUUGACCCUGGCGCGCCGGCGUGGAGUGCGCUGGUGCUGAGUCUCUGUGGUCGCGGCCAAGUCUCUGGUGCCAUUCAAGUUCUUGACGGCAUGGAGAAGCGGGCCAAGAUUGGCGACUCGGGAAUCCGCAUGCCACUCCCCACUGCGCGCACAUAUGCCGGUGCCAUCCGACUGCUGAUGCAGAAUGGCCACCGGACUGAAGCCCAAGCUCUUCUUGUCCGCUUGAGGGACACCUUGGGAAGCGAGGAAGCCGGCGGUCGCAAGCGCAAGAUCUAUGCGAGCGCGUCCGAGGCGCUCAAGGCCAAGCCAGCUCCUGUUGCUUCUGCUGGCAACCCCAGUGACGAGCUGGACCGCGCACACGGUUAGAACCCCACAACCACUCCAUACCAUCACAUCAUCACCACGCCAUCUGCAUGAAUUGUUUUUGUUGCAUGAUAAAAAAUGCUAUGCCUAGUGUCACAUCUCUCUCCGACUUGCUCUACGCCUCCUGGGGCUUGGCCUGGGCCUCGCCAAGCUGGCCACCGACCAGCGCCUGCAUCUCAGCAAUGACGCCCUCGUACGCCUCCUGCCUGACCUCGGCAGCGCGCUGCUGCCUCGCGUUGAGGGGCAUGCCGUACUUGGCCUCCUUGGGGGGCUUGCCGUACUCUGGCGCCGACUGGCCGCGGAACUCCUGGUACGUCUUCCCGAUGUGGUCGGCGGCCUCCUCGGUCCACUGGGAGCGGAUGAGCGUGGCGGCGAUGACGUCCGAGGUCGCCAGGCCGUUGGCAGCGAAGAAGGUGCGGAUGUUGAAGCCGUCACGCUUGAUCUCGGCCGAGGGCGCGGCGUCACCCUGCUUGAUGACAAUGAACGCGUAGCGGUGCUUGCCGGUUCCGCGAGCGGGCGCGAAAGGCUCGUACGCCAGCACCUCCUUACCGGCAGCAGUGAAGAGGUUGACCUCGUCCGAGACGACCGACAGAGGAAUGUCGGUCUUGGCAAAGUGCAGGCGUUCGACGAACGAGUGCGUCUCGUGGCUUGGUGCGUCGGCGUCGAUAACAAGCAGGGUGUACUUGGCCUCGGGGGUCGCCGAGCCAGUCACGCCAGCGACGGGGUGGUUGAAGAGCUGGACGGUGACCUCUGGCGGGGUCGCAAACUGCUCGGACGACUGGAUCGAGCCGGCCUCGAUGCCCGCAAUGCGGAUGGCAGCGGCCGGCAGGUGGUCGGCCAGCAGGUCGGGGAUCACGCCGAGCUGGUACACGCGCUGCAUGAUGAGGUCAAGCUCUCCCUCCUUCUUCCACUUGCGCUCGGCGAGGUUACGGAAGACGGGCUGCGCGAACAGGCCCUUGCCGCCCGUCGUCUUGAAUGUCCGCCUGAUCGCCGGGUCGUUGACGUACGCGUCCACCUCGAGACGCGCUAUCCUCCGCACCUGCUCCGGCGUGGGCUUGGCGCCCGCCUUGGCCUGGAGCUUGGCCAGGCGCUCGCGCUGCAGCUUGUUCUCCUCGGCAAUGUAUGCGAGCGCGGCAUCGUACGCUGGCUCGGCGCCGGCGGGGAGCGCAGGCUCAAAGGCGGCGGGGGCGGGGGCGGCAGACGUUGACUCGUGACGCGACAGGAUGCGCGAGGGGCCCGCGCGCGUCGAGAUGCGCGUGGCUGCCCUGGUGAGGAGGCGAGGGGUGGCCAUUGUGGUGUGUCAAGUGUCGACUGUAGCUGUUGUUGCAGUCGUCGAUCAAAAGUCACAAUGCCUGGCUGGCUGCUUCGUUUCCGGCG